AUGUCCACUACUGAAUUUGCUCAACUAUUAGAAAACAGUAUUUUGAGUCCCGACCAAAACGUCCGGUUGACCAGUGAAACUCAAUUAAAGAAACUGUCCAAUGAAAACUUCUUACAGUUUGCUGGGCUUUCCUCGCAAGUACUUAUCGAUGAAAAUACAAAGUUAGAAGGUCGUAUUUUAGCGGCGUUAACUCUGAAGAACGAACUGGUUUCCAAAGAUUCCAUCAAGACUCAGCAAUUUGCCCAGCGUUGGAUCGCGCAAGUCAGCCCUGAUGCCAAGGCUCAAAUUAAAGCCAACGCCCUCACUGCGUUGGUCUCCAUAGAACCCCGUAUAGCAAACGCUGCAGCUCAAUUGAUCGCUGCUAUAGCAGACAUCGAGUUGCCCCAUGGCGCAUGGCCAGAUUUGAUGAAAAUCAUGGUCGACAAUACGGGCGCUGAACAAUCAGAAAAUGUUAAGAGAGCUUCCUUACUGGCUCUAGGUUAUAUAUGUGAAAGCGCAGACCCUCAGAGCCAAGCCUUGGUUUCUUCAUCAAACAAUAUCUUAAUUGCUAUAGUCCAAGGUGCCCAGUCCACAGAAACUUCCAAAUCAGUUAGACUGACAGCUUUGAAUGCUCUUGCAGAUUCUUUGAUUUUCAUCAAGAACAAUAUGGAACGUGAAGGUGAAAGAAACUACCUCAUGCAAGUCGUCUGCGAGGCCACUCAAGCUGAAGACAUAGAAGUUCAAGCCGCCGCCUUUGGUUGUCUGUGUAAAAUCAUGUCAUUAUACUAUACGUUCAUGAAACCUUAUAUGGAACAAGCCCUAUAUGCCCUAACCAUAGCCACCAUGAAGUCUCCAAACGAUAAAGUAGCUUCCAUGACUGUGGAGUUCUGGUCCACUAUUUGUGAAGAAGAAAUCGAUAUUGCUUACGAACUGGCCCAAUUCCCUCAAUCUCCCCUACAAAGUUAUAACUUCGCCUUGUCGUCCAUCAAAGAUGUUGUUCCAAACCUCUUGAAUCUUUUAACGAGACAAAAUGAAGACCCAGAAGAUGAUGACUGGAACGUUUCCAUGUCUGCGGGUGCGUGCUUACAACUAUUCGCUCAAAAUUGUGGUAACCACAUCUUGGAACCUGUGUUGGAAUUUGUCGAACAAAACAUUACCGCUGAUAACUGGAGACAUCGUGAGGCUGCCGUAAUGGCUUUUGGUUCCAUCAUGGAUGGUCCUGACAAAGUUCAAAGAACUUAUUACGUCCAUCAAGCUUUACCAUCCAUCUUAAACUUGAUGAACGAUCAAUCCUUACAAGUCAAAGAAACUACGGGUUGGUGUAUCGGUAGAAUUGCCGAUUCCGUCGCCGAAUCCAUUGACCCUCAACAACAUCUACCAGGUGUUGUUCAGGCUUGUUUGAUUGGUCUACAAGAUCAUCCUAAAGUGGCCACAAACUGUUCUUGGACCAUCAUCAAUUUGGUGGAGCAAUUAGCAGAAGCCGUUCCAUCUCCAAUAUACAACUUCUAUCCUGCUCUCGUGGCCGGCUUAAUCAGUGCAGCCAAUAGAGCAGACAACGAGUUCAAUGCUCGUGCCUCUGCUUUUUCCGCUUUAACCACGAUGGUAGAAUACGCCACUGACACUGUAGCUGAAACAUCUGCUUCCAUUUCCACCUUUGUCAUGGACAAACUGGGACAAACAAUGAGCAUUGACGAAACUCAAAUAUCAUUAGAAGACGCGCAAAGUUUACAAGAAUUACAAUCCAACGUUUUGACUGUUCUAGCUGCCGUCAUCAGAAAGAGCCCAAGCAGUGUUGAACCUGUUGCUGACAUGCUCAUGGGUCUGUUUUUUAAGUUAUUGGAAAAGAAAGACUCUGCAUUCAUUGAAGACGAUGUGUUUUAUGCUAUUUCAGCUUUAGCUGCUUCUUUGGGUAGGGGAUUUGAAAAAUACUUAGAAACAUUUUCUCCCUAUUUAUUAAAGGCAUUAAACCAAGUGGACUCGCCUGUGUCAAUUACUGCUGUGGGUUUUAUUGCGGAUAUCUCAAACUCAUUAGAAGAGGACUUUAGAACGUAUUCAGAUGCAAUGAUGAACGUCUUGGCUCAAAUGAUUUCCAAUCCAAAUGCUAGAAGAGAACUGAAACCAGCCGUCUUGAGUGUCUUUGGUGAUAUCGCUUCCAAUAUAGGUGCUGAUUUCAUCCCAUACUUGAAUGAUAUCAUGGCAUUAUGCGUUGCUGCACAGAAUACCAAGCCUGAAAACGGUACAUUAGAAGCUUUGGACAACCAAAUAAAAGUACUAGAAGCAGUGCUAGAUGCUUAUGUAGGUAUAGUCGCAGGUCUCCAUGAUAAGCCGGAGGCUUUAUUCCCAUACGUCGGUACCAUCUUCCAAUUCAUUGCCCAAGUCGCAGAAGAUCCUCAGUUAUAUAGCGAGGAUACCACCUCAAGAGCUGCAGUUGGGAUGAUAGGUGAUAUAGCUGCUAUGUUCCCAGACGGUUCAAUCAAACAGUUUUAUGGACAAGACUGGGUUAUUGAUUACAUCAAAAGAACAAGAAGUAGCCAGUUGUUUAGUCAAUCUACAAAAGACACUGCAAGAUGGGCCAGAGAGCAACAAAAACGUCAAUUGUCUUUAUAG